AUGGUGUCGGCCUCGCCGCGACCCGACUGCUCCUGCAACACGUUAGUCCACUGUUUCUCGAACUGCAACAGCUGCGACUCAGAGGGCACCCCCCUUGCCCUGGACUCACCGACUGCGGCGUCUCCUGAUGUCCCCGGGAACUGCAUCGCCGUCCUGGAGACCCCUUCCCCGUCCUGGAACCCCCCGUCGUCUGCGGAUCCGCGCCGUUAUUUAAACGACUAUAAAGGAGAAGAAGCAGGGGAUGGUGCUGAUGAUGUUGAUAUUGAUGGGAUGGAUGCUGGAGGAGGUCACAGCGGUGCAAUGGAUACGACAGAGCAACAGAGACAGUCUACACCGCAGUUGGAGAGUGCGAGGCGGCUUCUUAGGAAGCUUUCGUGGGGGGAAUCUGCAGGAACAAGCGAGGAUGACGAAGAGGGGACCGUAUCUGGUACUCCGCAAAGUGGGCAUGGUCACGGUGGUGAGCUUCGUGCACCAGAGAAGUCUUCGAAUGUGCACUUCCAGUACGCGAACACUGCGUACGAUGUGCGGAUGCUGAGCAAAGAUAUCUCGAACGCGCUGGUGGACUUGCAUGUCGAGAACCUGAUGAUUGUGACGAAGUUGAACGACGUGUCGCUGUACUACUUGACGAGGGAACUUGUUGAGUGGCUACUAGUGAACUUUUCCUCGAUCAACGUCUACGUCGACAGCGCUUUGAAAGAUGACGAUAAGUUUGCUGUAGCGGACCUGUACAAGGACUCUAAGUGUAAAGAGACUCGGGUCAGGUACUGGGACAAACAGUUCAUUGCGAAGCACGACGUGUUCUUUGACCUUGUCGUUACACUCGGCGGUGACGGGACUGUCUUGUUCGUGUCGUCGAUCUUCCAACAGCACGUCCCACCGGUGUUAUCUUUUUCCCUUGGGUCCCUAGGGUUCCUUACAAACUACAAGUUUGAGUCCUUCAGGGAGAUCCUGCCACGUCUGCUCGACGAAAAGAUCAAGAGUAACCUACGGUUGAGACUGGAGUGUAAACUGUACCGUCGCAGGGAAUCACAGACUGACGCAGCCACGGGGAAGAAAGUUAGCGUAGUAGAGGUCGAGUCCGUCCACCAUAUUCUCAACGAGGUCACCAUCGACAGGGGCCCCAGUUCCUUCAUCACGAUGUUGGAACUGUACGGGGACAACUCGCUGAUGACCGUAGCACAAGCAGAUGGGAUCAUUGUCGCUACACCUACUGGUUCCACAGCUUACUCGCUGAGUGCGGGUGGGUCUCUAAUCUACCCAACGGUCAACGCAAUUGCAGUGACCCCGAUCUGCCCACACACUCUAAGUUUCCGUCCUAUAAUCCUCCCUGACACGAUCCAAUUGAAGAUCAAAGUACCGUUGAGGGCCAGGGGCACCGCAUGGGCCUCCUUCGACGGGAAGGACCGUGUAGAGUUACAGAAGGGUGACUACAUCACUGUGUGUGCUAGUCCAUACUGGUUCCCGACCAUUGAGUCGACACCGACAGAGUUCAUCAACAGUAUCAGCCGUACGUUGAACUGGAACGUCCGUGAACAACAGAAGAGUUUCACGCACAUGCUUUCGGACAAGAACAAGGAAAAGUACGCUCUAGAGAAGGACAAACUCGCGACGAUGCCGCAUUCGUCAUCAUCGGAGGAGGAUGUACAAGUAGUUGUACCAGCAAAAGAACCCCCAACGCACGGACAAGACGUCCCGGCGCCCUCGAAGGACGUCAUGUUCACUCUUGGAUGA